UAUAAUUUUUCAUAUGAUUUAUCAAAUUCUUCAAAACAUUUAGAUAUGUUUAAAACACCUCUCAACCCUACCUGAAAAUAAUAAAAGUAAUAUAAAUAUCACUUGAUAAAUAUAUAAGCACACGCGAACUUACUUAUGGCGGGUAUAAAUAACUACUCUAGCUUAAAAUUUCAAGCGGAGCGUGGACUUCAUGAUGAUCACCAUGAAAAAGAACAUCGGGCUAGAGACUUACAUUUACCCACGACCUCUAGCCCUAGCAAACACUUGGGAAGCAGCAUUGACAGCCGCGAGAAGUUGAUUGUGGACAAUAUAAUUGCCGACCAAGAUGCGCUAAAUAGAAUCAAGUAUGUUGAUUCAGAUAAUGCCUUAUCACUACCAUUAGGAAAGCAUAAAGUACUGGACAAGUAUUCGGAUAAUCAGGAUGAUGAUACAUCUGUCCGAAAAUAUCUGGUCGUUGGCGUUCAAUGGUUCUCUUUGGUAACCGAGAAUCUGUUAAGCCACCCGUUUAUAGUACUGCGAAGACAAUGUCAGGUUUAUAAUGCCUCUAGACGCUACCAUCUGCAUCCAUUUCAACUUUUGCCUAGUAUCGUACACCUGCAUAGAAGGCAAGGACUUACAACUCUGUGGAAAGGAGUGGGCAGUUGCCUCCUCGUUCGCGGAAUGACCUUAGCUAUAGACGACUUCAUCUCAAAACUAACAAGCUGGCCCAAAGAUGUCGAUAGUCGAACCACCUUGAAGAGAUUCGGACAGCAUAUUUUACUGAAAUGUAUAAGCAUCAGUCUGGUGGUACCUUACCAUGCUGCCUCUCUCGUCGAGACUGUGCAGAGCGAUAUAGCCAGCGAGAAGCCAGGACUUUUCGAUGUCUUUCGGGAAGGCAGUCUGCGACUUUUCUACUGGAGUUCCCCGCAAAAAGGACGGAUGCUACCAGCCUGGGCAUUAAUCGGGCCAAGUGUUUCGUUUGGCAUCACAAAGUAUCUAUUUAAUUUGGUAAUACGAGGCGUGUCCUCUCGCAUAAUGAGGCGUCGAAUAACGAAUUCUCAGGAAAGCCAAAGUGGAAAGUAUCAGGAUAAUACGUUGGAGCAUCAGAAUGCAGAAAUAUACGCUAGCCUCAUCGCAAUACUAACCACUGAGGUCAUAUUCUUCCCGUUUGAAACAAUUUUACAUCGUCUGCAACUCCAAGGCACUCGAACUAUAAUCGACAACCUUGACAAUGGCUAUGAUGUUGUCCCGAUCUUGACAAACUAUCAGGGUGUCGUCGACUGCUAUCAAACAACAAUUGUCUCUGAGGGAAUUUGUGGCCUAUACAAGGGCUUUGGGGCCAUGAUCCUGCAAUUUGCAGCACACAUUGCUGUUAUAAAAUUAGCCAAAUGGGUUGUGAAUCGUAUCGCUGAAGUUAAAUCGAAUCGACCUCCACAACGAAUAGUGCAGUACUAUAAUCUGGAUGGCAUUGCUUGCAACUCAAGGUCUACGACUUUAUCGCCAAGUCUGUCCAGUACUGAAAUAGAAGAGAAUAGUCUUGGACAGAAUUCACUAGAUUAGUCAAUUGCUAGUCCAAUUAUUAUGCACAUGUAAAUUA